GAUCAACAUCUUUGUUCUCCGAAAAUUUAAUAAACGACCUAAACAUAAUUACCCAUGAAAACGUCACCCAACUAAAUACAAUAAUAAACAGAAUGGGAAUGGAACGAGAAACUCAAGAAGAAUGGAUCUCGGCUAUAAAAGAACAAUUAAAGGACUUUUAUGCUUGCGUCACUGAAGAUGCAGUACUUCUCGAAGAAAAACUCACAUCAAAAAUCGAAAAAUUACUAAUUGAAUCAGAAAGAUUAUGCAAGCUGUUACAAACAAAAAUGCCUCAAUACGGAUCAAAAAACUUAUCAUUUUAUGAGGAACAUAAACUCCUCAAGAAACACGUUGAAGAGCUUCAAAAUAUCGUUUCGGCCAGAACGCGUGAAUUAGAAUUAUUAAAAUCGCGAGAAUUAUCUUUGUGCAAAAACUUGGGUGUUGAGGUUAAACCAAUUAAAGACUCCCCUUUACCGAAUGAAUCCGAACUUGAAGACAUCAACGAUUACAUUAAAUCUUUAGAGCUUGAAAUAUUUAAACGCGAAGAGCGUUAUAUGCACAUAAAGUGUAAAAUUAUGGACUUAGGAGCUCAUCUUGAAAUUAAACCUUCCUUGGAUCUUGAGCGCAUCGUUUUAUCUGAUGAUACUCACUUUCAAGUUAGUGAUGAAAACAUGAAAUGGGUUCAAAAUUAUUACGUUUCGUUGCAACAACAAUAUGACGAUAUGAAAGAUGAUAUUGAAAGUUUGCGGGAAAAGGUUGGAUCUUUGUGGACGAUGUUAUCUGAAGAUAUUCAAUUGUGCAAUGAGUUUAUUGAAAAACAUAGUGGGUGCACAUACUCAGUUUUGAAAGCUUGGAAAGCGGAGUUUAAAAGAUGUGAUGAAUUAAAGAAAGCUAAUAUACAGAAAUUCAUUGAAAGAUUACGUAAUCAGCUGUGCGAUCUUUGGGAGAAAUGUCACAUGACUAAUUCAGAGCGGGAAGAAUUCGUUUAUUAUCGCUGUAUGAUAUAUACCGAAGAUUUACUUUCCUUCCACGACAUUGAAAUACAAAAAUUGGAGAAAUAUUACAACGAUAAUCGCGAAACAUUUUCAUUGUUAGAACGUUGGCAAGAAUCUUGGAACAAAAUCGUGCAAUUAGAAGAAAAGGCAUCAGCCCCCGGUCGCUUCAAAAACCGCGGGGGAACUUUAUUGCAAGAAGAGAAAGAACGCAAUGCCCUCCAAAAAAGAAUUCCAAAAUUCGAAGAGCGCCUAAUUGAAUUAGCCAAUAACUAUAAAAUGCGAACAGGGCACAACUUCUUAUCAUGGGGCGAAAAAAUAGAAGAUUUAAUUUCAAAAGCCCACAACGAUUACAAAAUUGAAAAGGACAUCAAACUUAGCGCUAGGAAACAACAAAAAGGACUUACACCUGGGGGAUCAACGCUUUGCUUAACAUCCGCUGUAAGCGGGAGCAGAUUACGUUUGGAUAUGAUUACUCCGAAAUCAGCGAGUAAACGCCCUCCACGAACGGCACUUUUUUCUGGUAGUAACAAAAAGCCGAAAGUAACUCCUAAUAAAUUGGCCGUGCCGUUAAUUCAAAUUAACGAACAAGUUGUAAAGCGUCGUUCUAGAACAUCUAUGGAACGACAAAAAUGUUUGCGUAAGAUUAGAAACAUUGCGACGGGGAUUAAAAAAAGGGAGGAGAUGAAAUUAAAUACCACUUUUGUGGAUUACGAUAUAUUCACUGGGGAAUUACAAGGAGAUCAUCGAAGUACUUGUGUAUUUGAAAAUACAUCCAAACCAACCCAAGCCCCUUCAAAUUAAUAAUCAGAUUAUUUUUAGUUUGUCAGCAAUAUUUUUUACAUUUCAUUAUUAGUAGGUCCUUUAAUUUGUUUAUUUUAACUUUUAAGAUUAGAUUUAAUAAUUUUAUUUGUAUUGUGAGAAUAUAUGGAUUAUUAGCGUUUAUUUGUUAUCAGAAGUGAAAUAUUUAGAGUUUAACAUAGCUUAAUAUUUAAAAUUAACCAUAUCAUAAAAGCUUAUUAAUACACUAAUCAAAAUACACAGAUUAAUAACUUUAAAGUUAACUAAACGCAUUCAUGGAGAUCAAUUGUAACUUUAAAGUUGCAAAUUUGUGUACUAAUUUUUAUAAUAUAAACAGUAUAAGAAUAUUAUAAAGUAACUAAACA